AUGUCCAUGAGCCCUGCCACUUCGACCAACCUUCAAUCUACCAGGGCGAAGCCUCAGCCCAAGAACCCCAAACUCACUACUAAUAAUAAUACCAUCAUCACUGCCACCUCUUCCCCCGCUACCAACGCCGAAGAGAAGCCUCAACCGGCGUCACCGAAACGUCGCAGGCGGAAGACCCGGAGCAGGAGCAAGACCCCUGAACUCGAGAAGACCAAUGUCACCGACUCGUACCCGUCCCCUCCCUCGUCCCCGGCGCAGAAUCGCACUGCUGCGAAGUCUGCCACCACCCCUCCCGCCUCGCCCUCCAAACCCAGGAAGGCGAAGAAGCAGACCUCAGCUCCGGCUGCAGGUGCUCAGGCGGUCGUAAGUGGAGAAGGUGCGACGACUGGAUUGGGACAGAGGACCGUCGUCGACGAUGUCUCCGAGUUUGGAGACGAGAAGGAAUCGCCCGUUUACAACGAGGCGAGGGAUUUCAUGUCUAAAUACCUCGCCAGCCCUCCCCCACCGGGGAACAAUGGGUCGGCUCUCCUCCUCUGCCAGGCUCUCAUCAUCGAGCUCGGCCUUAACUCCACCAAGCCGAGCUCGAAUGCUUCGAAGCCUGCCACUGCUUCUUACUUUUCCAAUCCCAACCUGCCGCGCUCCUUGACCCAAGCAAAGGCCUUAUUGAAGAGCCAAGCCUUUAUCAGCAUUCGUGACUACCUCGAUGAGCGCGAGCAUGGGCCAGUGGCUUUGCGUAACGCCAUGCAUGGCAGUCGCAAGAGCCUGGUGAAGGACAUCCGCCGAACGCCCAACAAGCGCACACCGUUGAAGUGGGUCAAGCAAACGGGGUUGAAUGUACUGUUGGUCAACACCAGGGCAUGA